CACUUUCGGCAGGGAAAGCGUAACCCGACGCUCUCGAGCAGCCAGUCGAGUCUUGCAGUGGUGUGUUGCUGUGCUUCUAAGCUGACGUCUAAAAACAUGUUGUCAUUCGCUCUCAGGAAACUCGCACGGCCCCUGUGCCAGCGUGCCCCGGUUGGUCUCAGCGUGCGUCUCCAGCAGUCCCAUGCAGCCACUCGUGCAGCUGACGAAGAUCGCCGCUGGACGGGUCAGGAGAGCCUGGCUGAGGAUGACCCUGAGAUGUGGUCUCUGCUGCAGAAGGAGAAGGACAGACAGAGUCGGGGUCUGGAGCUUAUUGCAUCUGAGAAUUUCUGCAGCCGAGCUGCUUUGGAAGCUCAGGGCUCCUGUCUGAACAACAAAUACUCAGAAGGCUACCCAGGGAAAAGGUACUAUGGUGGAGCAGAGGUGGUCGACCAAAUCGAGCUUCUUUGUCAGAAGCGAGCUCUGGAAGCUUUUGAGCUAGACCCACAAAAGUGGGGUGUCAAUGUUCAGCCCUAUUCUGGUUCUCCUGCUAACUUUGCUGCCUACACUGCUGUUCUCAACCCCCACGACCGUCUCAUGGGUCUGGACCUGCCCGAUGGAGGACAUCUAACUCAUGGCUACAUGUCUGAUGUGAAGAGAAUCUCUGCAACGUCAAUCUACUUUGAGUCCAUGCCCUACAAGUUAAAUCCUGCGACGGGACUCAUAGACUACGAGCAGAUGGAGGUGACAGCCAAGCUGUUCCGGCCCAGGCUCAUCAUCGCUGGCACCAGCGCCUAUGCCCGCCUCAUUGACUAUGCCCGCAUCAGGAAGUUAUGCUCAGAGAUUAAUGCCUACUUGCUUGCUGACAUGGCUCAUAUCAGUGGCCUGGUGGCGGCCAAGGCGAUCCCUUCCCCCUUUGAGCAUGCCGACCUGGUCACUACCACCACUCACAAGUCCCUCCGAGGAGCACGGGCUGGCCUUAUCUUUUACCGUAAAGGCGUUCGCUCAGUGGACAAGAAAGGAAAAGAAAUCCUGUACGACCUGGAAGAUAAGGUCAACUUUUCGGUGUUCCCCUCCCUGCAGGGCGGACCUCACAACCAUGCUAUUGCUGGUGUAGCUGUGGCUCUUAGACAGGCAUCGACUCCCAUGUUUAGGGAUUAUAUUGAUCAGGUACUUAAGAAUGCCAAGGCUAUGGCUGCAGCUCUUCUCAGCAAAGGAUACACGCUGGUUUCAGGUGGGACAGACAACCACCUGGUCCUGGUGGACCUGCGGCCUAAGGGCAUCGAUGGGGCCCGAGCUGAGAGGGUGCUGGAGCUUGUGUCGAUCACCGCCAAUAAGAACACCUGCCCUGGGGACAAGAGCGCCCUGACUCCUGGUGGCCUAAGGCUAGGUGCUCCAGCCCUGACCUCCAGGCAGUUUAAGGAAGAGGAGUUUGUGCAAGUGGUCGACUUCAUGGACGAAGGUUUUAAGAUUGCCUUGGAUGUUAAGAAGAAGACAGGAAAGCUCCAAGACUUUAAGAACUUCCUUCUGCAGGACCCAGAGACGGUGGCUCGUAUCACCAAUCUGCGGCACCGGGUCGAGGCUUUUGCCAGGCCGUUCCCCAUGCCUGGGUUCUCCGACCAUUAGGCCAGCCGAUGUGGAGUCACGGUUCUGUCACAGCCAGGUGGCAGACAGCUGGCGGGGCAGAAGUGUGCACGGCGAAAAUGGAAAAAUGUCAUGGUAGUAAAAUGUGGACGGUGCCUGUGAAUUGAAUGACUCUAGUCCACUUUUCCAGCCACAAUUGUUUUUCAUACGUCUUUGCUGUCGCUCAUCAGUCUGUUGUGGUCGAAUCCUAACUUGAGCUGGAGCAAAACAAGAGAGAUGACAUAUUUAGUUUCGCAGAGGUACCUGUAAUCUGUGGUGUGUGUGUGUGAAGAUCGUUUCAGCUGUCUCCUCACCAUUCAUUUAAAGCAAAUGUGAGUCAAAGAAAAACGUGUCAAAUCAAAGAAAGACCAACACUUUAUCUCAGUCAUCAUAAGUGAGAAGGAUUAGCUCUAGGACACUCCGAGUCUUAACUUUGUAAAGAUUCCUCACCAGCCUCACUUCUCUUCUUAUCACAUUAACAGUACGAUUUGUGUCUGACGGCUUUGUCGUCAUGUCUUUCCUCCUAGUAAAUUAAGCUUAAAAUGCUUUUUCUUAAUUAUGGAAACUCGUUUUAAGAUACUAACAGUAUGAAUUAUUGUUUACACCUGAUAGGAUUCAAGUGUGUGUUUAUACAAAAGGUAGACCUAAUACUAUAUUUUACACUACAGAGUGUAUUCUAACAAAAGGUUUAUUUCACCUUUAAUGAGUUUAUUUUGUAUUAUUAGAUGGUUCUGAGUUGUGACUAAAAUCUAAAAACUGUUUCUCACAGCAUGAAAUAGAUUUCAGAUUAUAAUCAGUCUUAUUUUAUUAUGACAACAGAAUUAUAAAUAACCCAACAGAAUAAUAUAAAAGUGUAAUAAUUCCUACAGUCUUUUUACAAAGAGUACUUUAAAAAAUACCAUUUAGCAAGAAUAAACUGCACUAUUGCAUGGUUUUCUGUUUCAUGCUUCUUCUGUUUACAGAACCAUAAAUAAUCAUUUGUGCUGCAUCCUGUCUGAUUUAUUUUCAUUUUCUAUGGUAGUGUUGAACGAUAUAAACACCUAAUUGGUUAAAUUUAAUAAAACACCCGAGUGUUUUGUUAUUGAACUAUUUUACAAUCUCAUGCUGUUGUCAUUGUCACUGCAUCAGUGAAUCAAACAGAGUUCAGUUUGUAAAAUGGCCCUAACAGCACAGUGGAAAAAUGGAUCCUAAUCUUUAUUUUUAUUUUAAAUGUCUGUAUAAAGCACAUCAUUAAACACAUUUUCCCUUUUAUUACAAUGUUUUUAACAAGUAUUUGCCUAAAUAAACCAUACAGUAUUUUUGCUAUGAUGUGUAUUGAUUUACAGUUGGUCUUUUUUAUAUUUUGGAUCAGUUUAAAAAAGACUUUUCAGACUAUUUUUAUUAAUGUUAUUAGUGUAGUCCUAAUAAACCUGAAUUAUACCAAAAGU